UCCAGGACAGCCUCCAAAGCCACAGAGAAACCCUGUCUCGAAAAACCAAACAAAACAAAAAAAAGUUACCUGCUCUGUUUGCCAGUCUAGAAAGCAACAGCUGGGCCGCAGAAUUUAGGAUAGCUCCAAAGAGGGAUUUGGGGCAGGGACUGUGUGAUGUGUGCGAAGACUUGUGCCUGGGCUGUGGCAGCUGGCAAACAGGUUCUCCAUCCUCCAGGGAGGGUGCAGCUGGCUGGGUUGGAAGAGGGGGCGGGUAUCCAGACCUUGCUCCACUGGGGCGUGACUACUCCCAGAGCAUCCAGGUAAGGGCAGCAGGCACUAAGUCCCGGCACCGGAGAAGGGAACGCGGGUGGGAUCUGAGCUCCCGGGUUCAGCCUUGCAGCGGGGGUCCGUGCAGAGUAUGCGGCAAAUUCUGGGGGCCAGCUGGGCGUCAGUGAUGCGAGAGGAGGGGACAAGGGGUGCGGCGGCAACCCACCUCGGGAGGCGGACAGAGCGUGGGGCCUCCCUCACCUGAACGCCCGCCCGGGUGAGGCCCCAGGAAGGAUGCGGCUCCGCCUUCUGCUACCUGCCCGGCCCGAAGGGCGGAGGCGGCGCACCUGGGAACCCGGCCUCUCUCCCUUUCUUUCCCUCCGGGUCUCCAAGCCCUCAGCCUUCUCAGUCAGUUGCAGGAAGAAAGCCUAGACCGAAGGGCUACGGAGCCGGGGCUCCUGACCGCCAAGCGUGGCCGAUGAAGGCUCUAUUUUGGGACUGGAAGCUCAGACUAAAAGAAUCGGUUUGUACCACCAGCGAGGAACUCAGCCAUGUGGACCCCCAGCCGGAGGCAGCUCUGCCUGGUCUUCUUGCUGGUCUGCGCGCUCUCCACCGGCUCCUUCAUUUUCCACCUGCACGGAGGAAACUUCUUUGGAAGCGAGCUAACCCUCUCUAUCCUGUGUCCAGACUACCAGGUGCUGAAGUCCCCAGUGGCCAUGGUGUGCCUGCCCCGCCCAUCGCAGGCAUUCAAUGCCUCCCCUUCCUGCCCCACGCCAUCGUCCUCACUCUCUGGGACUUGGACCAUCUCCCCGGCAGGCAGGUUCGGUAACCAGAUGGGGCAGUAUGCCACAUUGAUGGCCUUGGCUCAGCUCAACGGCCGCCCAGCUUUCAUUCAGCCUGAGAUGCACGCCACCCUGGCCCCCGUGUUCCGCAUCUCCCUGCCGGUGCUGGACCCUGAGGUGGACAGCCUCACGCCUUGGCAGCAUUUGGUGCUACAUGACUGGAUGUCAGAGGAGUACUCCCAGCUGCAGGACCCCUUCCUCAAGCUGUCGGGUUUCCCUUGUUCUUGGACCUUUUUCCACCAUCUCCGGGAACAGAUCCGCAGGGAGUUCACCCUGCACGACCACCUUCGGGAAGGUGCCCAGCACCUGCUAAGCAGGCUCCGUCUGGGCCCCUCGGGCAGCCGCCCUCACACUUUUGUGGGUGUCCACGUGCGUCGUGGAGACUACCUCGAGGUGAUGCCCAAUCGCUGGAAAGGUGUGGUGGGUGACCAAGCUUACCUCCAGCAAGCCAUGGACUGGUUCCGGGCCAGACACAAAGACCCCAUCUUUGUGGUCACCAGCAACGGCAUGGAAUGGUGUAUGGAGAAUAUUGACGCAUCCCGGGGUGAUGUGGUCUUCGCUGGCAACGGGCAGGAGAGCACGCCAGGGAAAGACUUUGCGCUGCUCACCCAGUGCAACCAUACCAUCAUGACCGUCGGUACCUUUGGCUUCUGGGCUGCCUACUUAGCUGGCGGAGACACUGUAUACCUUGCCAACUUCACCCUGCCAGACUCAGAGUUUCUGAAAAUCUUCAGGCCCAAGGCUGCCUUCCUGCCCGAGUGGGUGGGCAUUAACGCAGACCUGUCCCCACUUCAGGCUCAGGUUGACUCCUGGGAGUCGGACAGUCUUUUAAGAUUGGCCUGAGCCAUCUAGAGUCAGCCAUCAUAUCUCUAGAGGCCUGUGGCUUUGGAAGGUGUCUGUCCUGGAACUGGUGGGCAUCCAUUUCCAGAUAUUCAGACGAGGGGCUUUCUGGAAAUGCUGGAAUGUUUACUGAUAUUCCACCAGAACAUCGUCGUCUGGUGGCUGAGGUCCAGGUUAGCCCUGCGAGCCACAGUCCUCUCCUCACCCAGCUCACCCUCUUAGAACUUCUGGAGGCUGGAGAACUGCCUGGCGGCCGUUUCUGAGCCUGGUCCAGCGCCUGUGCAGCACCCGCAGGGCCCCGCCAGCGCUCCCGAUAGUGAACUUUCUGAAGGUACAUGCAAACACUGCACCUCCUCACUGCUGCUACCGUGGAGUGCCAGCUUCAUGUUAGAGACAUGAAAACCACUCAAGCAGAUCUGAAUUCUGUCCAUCUCCUGGGCCCCAGAGAAACCUCAAUGACUUUUAUUUAGGGUGGGGAGAGUAAAUGGGCUAAGAUGGGGAGACAUGAGAGAAAGGGCCUCUGCUGAGGGGCUGCACUUGCAGGAGCAGUGUCUCCUAAAAAUCCAUGGAAUAAAAAAAAAAAGGCGAGAACUUUUAAAGAAAUAGAUUAGUCCUGAAUAUGGGGUCAAAGAGGUUUUUUUCUCUUAUGCUAGAGAGGACCUGAGGUCUGUUUUCCACAAGAGACCAGGCCUGCAGACAACGAGGGUGUGUCCCUGGGCUCACAAAGGCACUAAAUCGGGCUUUGAGAAGGUCCAGGGGAAGCUUCUGAAGGUGUUCCAGACCCCUGGACCCCGCCCAAAGCCCUGCAGGACCACAGGCUCAGAUCCAGAAGGGCAGUUGUUUGACUGAGUUAUCAGAUAUCAUUGCUGCUUUUCCUCGGAUAGCAUUUAAUCUAAUCGAAUUCUCAGGGAGUUUCUGGGUACCUUCUCCCAACUCGGCUUGUACAGGCUGGAGAGAGGGAGCUGUGAAUUAAAGGGCCACAUCAGCAACCAA